AUGGAUGCAUAUGUGGAGGAGCAGUGGCGAUUAAAAAUCCACCAACAACCUACUAUUGAACAGAAAGCUGAAGAUUAUCACAUGCCUACUGGUUUCGUGAGGUAUUUAAAUGAUAACUAUCCAGAUUGUGGUCAUUGGUUUAGUGAAUUAAAUAAAGUAACUGGUUGGUUAGAACAGAAAUGGAGACCAUUAACACAGAAUUUGGGUUUGGAGAAGAAUGAUGAAAUCAAUAAUUAUAAUAGUAAUAAUGAUAAUAAUAUUGAGCUGGAUAAGAAUGCGCGUAUUCGUGGCCUACCAUCGAAUUGUGUUGCUAUAAUUUAUUUGAAAAAACGUUCAACACAAUAUGAAAAAUAUUUCAGUUUGCUAAAGACAUACUUUACUCAUCGUCUACAAUUCACAUCAGCUUUUCAUCAUAAUCCUAUACAUAGAGAACUUGUAGAACAUUAUGAAGAAAGACUUAAAUGUUUAACUGAAGAUGCUGGAUAUUUUAAUGUGAUUGGAAAUCGUCUCAUUCAAGUGAUCAAUCAAUCUUUAUCAUCUGGUCGAUCGUAUACAUUGAAUCCAAUCACAUUCACUACGUGUAUCAAUGAUUCAAGUAUAAGAGAACAAUGCUUACAUGCAUUAUUGCCUAGUAAUGAAGUGAAGAAUAUUAAAAAUCAGAAAAAGAAAAUCACUAAUGAAUUAUUGCAUAGACUGAAUAAUCGUUCCAGUAAUGAUAAUCAUUCUGUUGACAGUCAAUUGGAUGAUGAAAAAGAAGAACAAAUGGACAGUGAAUUAGAAUUUGACAGUGAUUGUGAUAAGUCUGUAGAACUUGAUGAAAAGCAUAUCAUUGAUUCGAAAAUAGUUAAUCAAUCUAGUUGUGAUUUACCAAAUCGUCCAAUAAGCAAAGAGGUUGGUUUAUUGAAUUUGUAA